AUGCCUCCCUUAGACUUUGAAGAAAAAGCAGAACAUAAACUCACCAUCUUUGUAGAGAACGAAGAGUCUUAUUUCUCUUGUGAGGUGAAAGAGAGAUCUGCAGAUGGACUCUGGAGAAUCAUCACAAAUCCAGCAAAACCAUCCUCUAGGGAUAUUACCAUUACAGUGGAAGAUGCCAAUGACCCGCCAUUCUUCCUAGAUCCAGUAAGAAAAGUAAUUUUGGAAGAAAAUGGUGUUGUUGGUGCUUUUGUGGACAAAGUGACAGCAGUCGAUCCUGACACUGGACGUCGCCACAAACUUGAGUAUUCUAUUGAUCAGGAUCCUGCAGGCUGGUUCAGAGUAGACCAAACAACUGGGGAAAUAUUUGUAAAAGAGUCUUUGGACAGAGAGUCAAGUCAUGUGAACAAUGGGACUUAUACACUCACUGUCCUUGUGACAGAGAAGGAUGACCAUCCUCCAAUGACAAGCACUGCUACCAUUCAGAUCUACGUUGAAGACAAAAACGACAAUGUGCCCCUUUUAAAGGAGAACAUGAUUUCUGUCUGUCAGUCUGAUGAAGUGUCACAUGCAGAGAUCACAGCCUUUGACCUCGAUGGAGAUCCGUACAGCGGCCCAUUCAGUUUUGAAAUAGUAGGAGAUCAUAAGAAAGAAUGGAGCUUUGACCCCAGUCAUGGUAGCACAGUGCAUUUGGUGAAGGAUAAAAGUGUUCAUACCAGUCUGUACACACUGAUUGUGAAAAUCUCUGAUAAACAGGGCAGGUUUGUCCUCCAGAACCUCUCUGUUGCUUUGUGUGAUUGUGUGGUUUCACCAAACUGUCUGACGCAGCGUAACACACAGCAAAAAGUGGGAAGUGGCAUGAAAGGAAUUACCAUCCUUGCUGCGCUGAUGAUUUUGGCAUGUCUGUUGCUGUCUCUCACUUGCUCUUGUGGGACUGUGAAGUCUCUGGCGCAGGUAGACGAUGUCUUAGAAGAUGCCCUUCUGCCUUCUAACAUAGAGAAACCUGGCACUGAUUGUGUGGUCCCGACUAUUCUACUGAAGAACACAUCUGUAAGUCACUCAAAGGACACAACUCUUGCCAAUUAUGGGGUUCAACAGACAGCUGACAUUCAGAGGGUAUCUCGCAAAAUUAUGGCCGCUCCGAGUCUCCCAGUGGAAAUCGAUGAGUGCUGGUCUAGAGACAGAUCACAGUGCUAUUCCAGUGAGACAUGGAUGUCUAACCAGUAUCAGAGUGGCAACCGCUACCAGGGUUCAACAUUUAGCAGGAGGAGCUCACAAAGACGACAGGGUGCCUAUUUCAUCAGCUGCUCAACUUUACAACGCUUGCUCUCGCAGAGGCUGCAUUCAAUACAGUGCCUAGAAAAUGAGUUGCUUGAUUACGAGCCUCAGCUUUAUGCCCUUGAGGACAACCCUGAUAAUUUUGUAGACCUGGAUCCCAUAGACCUGCCUAUGAAUGAGUUUGACCCCGAGAAGCUCUCUGAUCUUGGACCAGCAUUUAAGAAUCUGGCUUACAUCUGUAGCCCAGAGAAAGUGUUCUAAUCAGAAAUGAUAGAGAAUAGGACCAGAUAGUCAGGAGUCAGGAGGAUGAAGAUGUUUCACCGAUGUUUUGAACAGAAGGCUAAUUGUUGAAAAAAAAAAAAAAAUCAGUGGAGAGAUUUUCUUUGUUAAAUGUCAUUCAUAGAUAAACUCCUCUGUUUGAUUCUCUUUUUGUUCUUAUGUUAUUGUUAUGUCUUAAAUGGGUUGGUGUGAUAGCAUCAUUUCUUUACGAAUUUCUGUGAAUUAUUCAAACAUGCAAACAUUCCCACACAUUCGGUCACAGAAUGUUGAGAGCAUAUUUUUUACAGCCUAAAUUUCUUCAUUCACAACUGGUCUCAAAUGUUGCCAUUUGUGAGAGAAAUUCUCCCUUUGAGAGAUUUAUUUCAAGCGCAAGUGAAAUGCACAUGCAAAGAAAAGUUAUUCCUACCUCAAUUUCAGAAAAUACAAUGAUCUAUUUCAAUCAUGUUUACAUAUUUUAAAACAUAUAAUAUGAUGGAAAUAUUGUACUCAGGGUUACAUAGCAUUAUGUCUUUAUUAAUCUUCCAUUAGUUGUGCUGCCUGUUUUGUGAGAGGAUUGUGUACCUGAACAUAUGACAUUUAAAUGGCUUUUUAUCCUUACACAAUUAAAAAAGAUCUACAAAAAUGUGAAGGAAGUUAUUGAAUAGUCCACAAAUGUAUGAUUUACCUGUAGCAAUGUAUUUUUGCCUUUGACCCAGUGAUUGAAGUAGAAACAAAUUGGCACCGAUUUCUUAAUUAAAAAGUUUGUUUAGAGAAUGGGACACCACACUUGACCUCAUGUCAUCAUGCCAUUUCAGCUGUCAUGUAUUCUUUUAAUUUGAGAAAAUAAAGUAGAUUUUUCAUGA